GUCUUAUAUAAUAUUAUAAUAAAUAUCCAUCUAAAUUAUGUGUAAAAACAUGCAUGUGUUUAAAGAAGAAAUGAUACCGCUUAUUCGAAUUCAGGCGGAAGAAGGGACCAGUAGAACAUCAGAAGGCGAGGACAAUGACGGGAGUGACGUCAACGCGGAUUCCCGGGCCCUCUCCACUGCCACCUCGAGGGAGGAGGACGAUGACUCCAGCAACAACGCUAGCAAUGAGAGCAAGAGCCCUGGACAACGAACAAAGUCGAAUCAGAGAUGGAUGAAACUGCGAACGACGGUACAGCUGAGUUCAGCCAUACAAAAGAAACCACCGUUGAAGAGAGAGGACUCCUUCUUGAAGAGGUUUUCCACACGGCAGAUACCAGAAACGCAAGAAACAGUAGAAGACACAGGUUCAGAAGGAGCGACGGGAGAGCACAGAUCAACAACACGUCAGAGGCGGAGGAAAGUUCGAGCGCCAAGAACUGUGGUCAAUCCAGAUGAGAACUUCUACUUCUACUGGCUCUGGCUUAUCACACUCUGUGUGUUGUAUAAUCUGUGGACGCUUAUCGUCAGGCAGAGUUUUCCAGAGUUACAGGUAAUGUGCCACUACUUCUGGGUGACGUGUGACGGGCUGGGUGAUCUGGUUUUCGCGUUGGACCUGGUGGUGCAGCUCAGGACUGGGUAUUUGGAACAGGGUUUGAUGGUAUACGACUCAAAGAAGUUAGCAAAACAUUACCUAACAUCGCGCUCCUUUCUCCUGGACAUUGCGGCGUUGACUCCCUUGGACCUCCUGCAGUUGAAGAUUGGAACCAAUCCUAUUAUACGCUUCCCUAGGUUUCUUAAGGUAUACCGCGCAGUGAGCUGCUACUACAUAGUGGAGUCGCGUACAGUGUAUCCCAAUUUCUGGCGAGUCAUCAACCUCAUACAUAUUCUGUUAAUAUUAGCCCAUUGGUUCGGAUGCUUCUACUUUCUGCUGUCCGAGGCUGAAGGGUUUCAGGGUGACUGGGCAUACCCCCACCGGCCCGGUGAUUACGCGACCCUAACCAGGAAGUACCUGGGUUCGCUCUACUGGUCCACGCUCACACUCACCACUAUAGGGGAUCUGCCUACACCGGAGACUAAUGCUGACACACAUGGAGGCCCCAAAUUUCUGCCGCGUCGCGGACUCAAGUCGCGUCUUCUGCAAUUCAGGUCUAACCGAGGAUAUGUAUUUACAAUAGUAAGCUACUUGAUCGGUGUGUUCAUAUUUGCGACCAUCGUGGGCCAAGUUGGCAAUGUCAUCACCAACAGAAACGCCAACAGGCUGGAGUUUGAGCGCCUUCUUGAUGGUGCUAAGACUUACAUGAGACAUCAUAAGGUACCGGGCGGUAUGAAACGCCGCGUACUCCGGUGGUACGACUACUCGUGGUCGCGCGGCCGCAUCCAGGGCGGUGGCGACAUCAACACCGCGCUCGGCUUGCUGCCCGACAAGCUGAAGACUGAGCUGGCUCUGCACGUCAACCUGAGCGUGCUUAAGAAGGUUACAAUAUUUCAAGAAUGCCAGCCAGAAUUUCUUCAUGACCUUGUCCUCAAAAUGAAGGCAUACAUUUUCACUCCUGGAGAUUCAAUAUGUAGAAAAGGCGAAGUGGCUCGAGAAAUGUUCAUUAUAGCGGACGGCAUUUUAGAAGUGAUCUCAGAAACGGGCCGAGUUCUCACCACUAUGAAGGCGGGGGAUUUUUUUGGAGAAAUCGGCAUUUUGAAUCUGGAUGGAUUGAACAAACGCACAGCAGACGUCCGCUCAGUGGGCUAUUCCGAACUGUUCUCACUGUCCCGCGAGGACGUGCUGGCGGCGAUGAAGGACUACCCCGAGGCGCAGGACAUCCUGCAGACCCUCGGCCGUAAGCGCCUGCAGGAGGCCAAGACCAUGUCGCGGCAGAAGCCCAAGGCUGAAGGCAGUCCCGAUAAAGCUGGUGGUGAUGAUAGCACGUCAAAGAGAAUCGUGCACAAGUUGCGUACUGAUGUAAAGGGCAUCCGCAACGCGAUCCGCAGCCGGUCGCGCGCGGGCGGCGGGCGGCGCGCGGCCGACUCGCCGCAGCUGCGCGACGCCAAGCUGCUGCGCCGCAUGCCGCGCGUCGCCAGCGACGACCAUCCGCACCACGAGGAUAAUGUUGGCGAUUCAGCUCCAGCUGCCAAAGAUGGGGAAAAAGUUGUGUCACCUAUUGGAGCUGGCCUUCCCUUACUUUCACGAUUAAAACUGCUGAAAGAAAAACAGGAUCGUGAAGAAAAAGUGCAAAAACAAUGGAAUUUAACAACAUCCAUGAUAUCUACUCAACAUCCUCAACCUACACCUUCUACUAGUUCUGCUCCUGAUGCAGAACCAGAAGUCGUUGGAGCCGGACUGCCGCUUAUACAAAGAUUACUUUUACUUAAAGCAAAAGAAGAAAGAGAAAAGAACCAAUUAACGCCCACAGCUAGCAACCAACCCUCUAGUUCGGAAACUAUUAGCCCAAAUUCCAUAAAAAGCCCCUUGAGCCCCACCAUCAAAACUUUAAGUCCUCUAAAGAAAGGCUCAGAAUCAAGUUCACCCGGAAAGUUGCACAGUCCAACAACUAGAACAUCAAGGAAAAAUUCAUCUGGAUCCAGUGACGGUGCUUCCAAACCUAAAGUCAGUUUUAGAGAUAAAAUAUUACAAGUGCAAAGUGAUGGUACCGCAGUUUGUCAACCGCUUAAUAAAGAUAUUAGUGAAAAACCUGCUGCGGUUGUAGAACCAACGCCCAAAACAGAAAGUAAUUUAAUCUCAAUACCACAUUCUGUUGUUAGUAAAAUUAAAUCUCCCGCUAAAGUUGUCGGUUCAACUUUUCGGGAUAAGUUAAAAAUGUUACAAAAUGCAAGUCCAAAAGAACCUGAUCAGGAUAAAAAUAAAUCUUCAGUAGAAAAAACUUCCCUUGAAAUCAUUCCAAUUCAGGCAAAAGAUAGUCAAGAAGAUAGCAAAAGUAAAAAGCCUUGGAACAAAUUAAAAAAGGCAUCUAUAUUGGGAGAUUCAAAAAAUUAUAGUAAAAGUAGUAUAGAACUCAAAAGUGAAAGUGAUAAUGCUAAAGAUGUAGCUGGGAGUAAAGCAGAAAUAGGUGUAAAUAUUAGUGCUCCUAUUGUAGUUAAUACGGCUGAGCUUGUUAAGAUAGACAAUAAUAAUAUUGAGAUUGAUAGUGAUAAGAAUGAUAAGCCAAAAAUAUGCUUAACGAGCCCUUUAGACCCCGUCCAGGAGAAAAUAGAUUUGUUAACUUCGUCUCCCAAGAAGAAUGGUUCAAAAUCAAAUGACGUUAAAAGAAUUAUAACAAGUGGAACAAUGCUUUUACCUAAAGCGAAAAAAUACAAGUCAAUAGAUGAUUUAUCUCCAGAAUAUGGAGGAUUGCCUUUUGUGAAGAAAUUAAAAAUUUUAAAUGAGAGGCAAAAGCUAGCUGAAUUAGAAAAAGUUGUAAAAAUACGAAGUUCUAGUUUAGAUUGCGCAAGUUCUUCUGAAGAUUUGCUUUGUGAUACACUUACUCGAAGUCAUUCAGAAGGAAGCACAAUGGAUAAGCGAAAGUUCAAAAGAAAAUCCAUCGAUUCCAUUGGAAGCCAUGAAUCAAACGAGACUUUGGAAAGGCGAACGUUAAAAUCAAUAUUAAAGAAAUUAUCUGAAGAUGUAACACCAUCAGAGAGUCCUCAGAGAAGUAGUGAAUUGAGGAAAUUAAUACGAGCGCCUACCUUAGAAGGCUAUGCAGCGAGACAUUCUAAAUUUGCUAAAAGUGUAACUUUCCAUAGACAUACGUUACCAUCACCACCCGGAAGUGCACUAUCAGAUAUAGUUGAUGAUGUGUUUGAGUUACCGGAACCUAAAAAAGAACCCCAAAUAUCUCCACCCCCUUCAGACAUUCCUCCAGAUGCAAUUUGUCCACAGAACCAAAUAGUUAAAUCUAAUGAAACUAUAGUACAUGAAGAUUAUGGGCUCAAUAUCAAGACGGAAUAUGAGUUGCAACAAAAUAUAGACUUCAACUCACUGAGACCGGAAGAAAUUAAAGUGCCUUCUGAGAAACCGAAGAUAACAUUAAUUUCUGCUGUUGCUAACCAACGGAAAUUAUUGCGAGCAUCAUUAGAAGAGCAAGAGUAUUUUGGGGAGGUGCUAUUAGGUAUAAAACAAGUUAUAGAAGGUCAUUUACAUGAAGUUCAAGGAAAAUUUCAGGAAAGGUUCAAUAGUUUAGAAAACGAAGUUCGAAAGCGGGAUGAAAUAAUUAGCCAACUUCAGAAUAGGAUACAAGAGUUAGAGAGACUAGGUCUCUCUACGAAUUCGGGUCCAAUAGUAACUGAUCCACUCCGGAAUACGAACCCAGAUACUAAAACACAUAAUGACACAUCACCAAGCGAUGGCUCAGAAAUAAUUGGUGGUUUUAUGAGAGGCGAUUCCCUCGAUACAGUAUUUGCCACUUCUCCCGGCGAGGAAGACAAAAACAAACAAACAAAAACCGAGCCUUGCAUCACCAAAACCGUGUCUAGCGAUGACCUAACUGAGGAAAAACUCCAAGAACUAACAGGGGGAAUAGAGCUUUCCAAACUUUCCUAUACAGAAUUGCAAAGUUUAGCCGAAUCUAUAUCCAGAUCUGAUAAAACUACAUCUGGGAAAGAGAAAUGGAGUGUUAGUAAAUCUAAAAGGCUGGAUUUGAAUCUAGAUGGUAAAGCUGGGACGUAUUCGAGGAAACGGGCUUCUAAGAUAAGACAGAGGAAGUCGUGGGACCAGGAACAUAGUGAUCAGGAGGCGUUGGAAAUGCAGGAUCUGACCAGGUCAAUCUCCCCACAAACCACCUCGGAGGACCGUUCCCUUCUCUCCCCGGAACAGCCCCGCUGCAGACGCGGGAUGCCGUUCCACUUCUUCGGCUCACAUCUCGACACCAGCUCCAAGAUCAAGAAGACGCUCUCUGUGGAUACUGGCAUGCAUCAUACGGGGCGGAAAGAUAAGGCACGUUGUGGUAUAUCAGAAGGCGCGCGCAAGUUCAGCCUGGGCGCUUGGUUCGGUCGCGCCCCGCACCCCGCGCCACACACGCUCCCCACACACAGAGCGCCCAGUGAUGUCGUACUCGAUAUCAACACUGAUUGCAGCUGGAGCGACACCACAUCAACAUCGAGCGAUUCAGAGUCGAUCCCACACACGCCGGUGUUUGAAGAGUUCCUGUCGAGUCGUUCUCGAGACAUCGCUCCCACUGCCACAGGGUUCAGUGGGGGGGGCGACUGGGAGGUGCUGAUGUUGGCGGACGAGCUCCAGCGACGCGAGAGACUGCAGCUACGGGACCUGGAGGAGGAGUCAGACACACCACAACGCGAAGACAGUGGCGACGAAGUUUCACAGGCAUCUAGUUCUCACCACACAUUACAUACAGAGACUUGUUUCAGCGAACGAGUUACACAGGAUUAUCAGACGCGUUCAGAAUCUUCCCUCCGUCCAUCCCGCGGGAUCAUCCUGCGCGCCGCCAGCCUCGAUCGCGAUUCCCCCCACUCGCGAUCCCUCCCACAUUCCCAUUCGCAUCCCCACCAACCCCACCACUCGCUAUCCCACCCACAUGCGCUAUCCCACCACUCUGACUCUCUAUCUCACCAAUCUCACCCUCACUCACAAUCCCAUCCAUAUCCGCUAUCCCACCAAUCCCAUCCACAGCAAUUAUCCCAUCACCAAUCCCAUCCACACCAGCUAUCCCAUCACCAAUCCCAUCCACAUCAACUAUCCCAUCACUCAGAUUCUCUAUCCCACUCCGAUUCACAAUCCCACUCGGAAUCCCACUCGCUAUCCCAAUCAGAAUCCCACUCGUUACCCCACUCCCGUUUUCCCCUGAAGAGUGGGAGUACAGAUUCACAGCGGAAGAGACUCUGAUCCCUCGUAUGGGCUCUGGCCAACGUAUUAUUAUUAUUAUAAAGUUAUUAAUGUUACAUGCGAUUCAACAAAGAAUAGCCUGAUCAAUUUGGCGCCAUUUUCGAACGUCCGAGGUAUCCAUUUAAUAUGUAUUAAAACAUAUAUCGUUCGCAAUUGUUUUUAAUAAAUUACGAUAAAAUGACAGAAUGACAUAAGGUUUAAUAAUUUUCCUAUUCUUAGUUGAAUCGCAUUGUACAAACAAUAAAUGAAUAUUGUAAAUAUAGUUUUAAUUUCAAAGGACUCCAUACUGUAAUUGAUGUAGGUAUUAAGACAGCGUUUACUAUAGACCUCUCCUUAUGAAUGUAUUUAUAUAUAAUAUAAGAUUAUUAUUAUUAAUCUAAAAUGUAUAGGUAUUUACUCCAUAUUCAAUAUUUUUUUGUUUGUUUUAUUAAUAUUUUUAAUAGUAACGGACGAGAGAAUCGUGUUAAAUCUAUCUAAUGUAUGACCACAUCGGGUCAAUUAUUAAUUUACUAGUAGUUUAAUUUACAUAAAAUCCAAAAAAUAUAUAUUAUUAUUAUGUUUAAAAUAAUGUGUUAUAUUUAAAUUUAAUAUUAUCUUUCAAAAGGUGUUAUCGCUAUAACGUUAUUAAAUAAUAGUUUUUAUCAUUUAAAAUGAAAUUAAAGAAACUAUCAUAUUAAUAAUUUGUAAUAUAUUUAUGUUUACGUUAUAAGAAUACGUUGAAAUAUUAUAUAAACAUUUUAUAUUAUACAAUAUGUAUGUUAAAGCACAAACGCUAUGGAACAACCUACAUAAUGUAAUCCCAUCUAAUCUAUUCUGAUAGAUAAGUCAAUCCCACACAUUAUCCUAUAUAUUAUUAUUA